ACCAGAUAUCAUGAUUAUUUAUGAAUCUCAGACAAUGGAGCAUUUGAAACAGAACAAAAAGGCAGCCAACCAAAAACAGUCCAACGUCGGUCGGUCAACGGCGCCCAAAGUAAUUCCAACUGCCGAUAUUUCUCAGGCAUCAUCCACACGGUUCGCGACAGCCUCUGGUCAGGCCACAUUGCCACGGUCUGUGACACCGAAGGCAAAUCGCAUUGCCAUUUGGAAGGGUACGCUCGAGUGGAUGAGCAAAAUCAAAGGCGCGACUGAAACCGAAAAACAAAUCUGUCGAGUACCCUGCUGUAUGUCCGUGGCUCAGAAAGACGCUGAACUCAUAGAGGCAGCAAGGUCGUGGUCCAAGACCCUCGUCAUGCGUCUCUUUCAAAACGAAUACAUGCGCAUCAGUGGACUGGAACACUUCGUGAACUCAAAGUCGGUCAUGUUCCACCUAUCGGCAAACGACGCUCUCAAGUCACUGAUGAGUGUCAUGUCGAAAGGUUACGCAGGUUACAUUCAAUUGAUCGAAAAAACCGAGGGUGACUGCAAAGUCCUUUUGCUGUUGUACAUGGCCAAGAAAAAACAGUUUCUCGGUUUCAUUCCCAACAAUCAGAGCUCCUUCCUCGCUGGGUUCAUCAAGUUCAUGAAGCAGAAGAGUACACAGGCACCCACGGGCCACCAAGGUUCCUCGGUGGUCCCAAAGUCGGCGAGUGGACCGAGCACAGGUCAGCGUGUCGCGAGUCCCAAUGUGCCGCCAGGAGUGUUGGCCCCGAGUCGAAUUUCCUUACGGGACGCUAUGAUCAUACUGAAGAAUUCUCGCCUUGAGCCACCUGUGAAGCCAACUGGAAGUGCCCAGGUUAGAAAGAGCACCGUGGACAACGGCCAAGUGGAACAGGUUGACAAUUUGCAGCUAAAUCUUCAUCAAGUUCAAGAUUCGAAAAUGGAGGUAGAACCGACAGAGGUUCAGAAUGUUCAGAAGACAUUGGCUCUCGAGUUGGUCAAGAAGGAACAGAAUACACGACAGUGAUUAUUGAUUAAUGUUGAUUUCAUUAUCCUUUGCAAUAUACGUUUAACUGAAGUUAUCUCUUAAAGCUAUAAAAAAAUGUCAUUGUGUAUACGUUAAAAUAUUUUAAGAAAAAACCUUUUUUAGCAAAAUUCAAGAU